UUAUAGUCUGACAAAGUUACUCAUAGGAGCCGGACUGGAGCCAUAAGCAGCACCCCUGUCGUGCUGUGAGACAGCUGUGGCUGCAGACUGGGCACAUGCCGGUCACCCGCGCUGCCGCAGCACAUGGACGUUCCCUUUUCCCGCCCUUCGCCAUUCAAAUGAAUAAUGAGACGAGGCUUCUGCAGGGACUAUGCAAAGUGCGGAGGCCAUUUUUACAGCUGAUAAAAUUGAAGUGCCAUUAACAGCAUCAAAGGAGAGAACCCACCUGAAUCCCGGAAGGCUGCCAUGAUGGUGAAUAAGCGUUUGGUGUCUGAGUCCCUUGUGGUGUUCUGCAUUGUCCUCAGCAUACAUGCUGCAGUGUGGGAUCGCUUCUCCUGGUGUAUUGUGGCCCUGGCUGUGCAGACCUUUUAUGUGCAGCACAAAUGGGACCGGUUAUUACAGUCGAGCGGAGCCGUAUUUCAUUAUCGAUCAUCUGCCAACAGUGGACUUCUGCCAGCCAGCAUGAUUAUCCCCCUGCUUGGCGUUGUAUUGAGGGAGAGGUGCAAAGCUUCUGGCAAUGUCUACUUUGAAAGGUAUGGAGUGGUGGUAUGUGCCACGGGAAUGGCAUUGGCAUAUUUCCUCUCAAUCAUUGCACUGGGCAUUACAAAACCUGUGCCGAAAAAUACCUGCAUAGUGUCCGGGGCUGCCGGCUGCGCUAUACUCUACACUAUGAAGAACUCCCUGGCGGUGUCAGAAGUCAUUGAAGUUCUAGAGGUGCUCCUCAUCUUUGUAUAUCUUAGCAUGAUUCUUUUGUACCUGCUACCACGUUGUUUCACUCCUGGAGAAGCUUUAAUAGUUCUUGGUGGGCUCAGCUUUGUUCUUAACCAGCUUAUCAAACGCUCUCUGACCGCAGUGGGUGGCCGGGGAGAUCCAGCGGAUUACCUUCUGCUGGUGACACUGGUGGCUUUGGUCCUACUGGGAAUUAUCUUCUCUGCGCUGUUCUUUUUUAUGGACUCUUCUACUUGGACAUCUGCUUUGUUUUUCUACAUGAUGACUGCCGUUUUAGGAUUAGGGAUCUUCGUGCCGUGGCUACAGUACCUUAUCAAGAGGCACCCACUCUUCUGGUUGGUGGAGUUUCUGCUGCAGAACAAUACACGGCUAUAUCUUUUAGGCUUCUGGACUUUCCUUGCUCUAACAGCUUGUGUGGUUGUGUUGUGUCAAAAUUCCAAAAGGACCACAGAUUCCAAGAAGCCAGAGAUCUCCACAGUGACUCGCAAAUACUUUCACUUUCUUGCAGUGGCCACUUACAUUCCAGGACUUAUCUAUGACGCUCAACUACUCUUUGUUUCUGCUGUGGUUUGCUUGGCUGUUUUUGUGCUACUGGAGUAUGUACGAUACUUCCGUAUUAAACCACUAGGGCAGACGUUACGGAACCUGCUGACACUUUUCUUGGAUGAGAGGGAUAGUGGACCUCUGAUUUUAACACACAUAUACCUUCUUGUAGGGAUGUCGCUACCGAUCUGGCUUUUUCCAAGGCUCUGUGCUGCUUCACUUUCCGGACCGGCUACAUUGCUUCCCUACUGCGGGGUGCUAGCAGUGGGAGUAGGUGACACCAUUGCAUCUGUUUGUGGUAGUACUUUGGGCGAAAUUAAAUGGCCUGGUACCAAGAAGACAUUUGAAGGGACCAUGAUGUCCAUAUUUGCUCAGAUUAUUACAGUAGCCCUUAUUCUUAUUUUUGAUAGCAAUGUGAUCAUGAAUAGAAGCUAUAUGUGGAUAGUAGGGUCCAUCACAAUGGUGUCAUUGUUAGAAGCUUUUACCACCCAAAUAGACAACUUGAUUCUACCACUUUAUCUACAAAUCCUACUGAUGGUCUGAGAAUUGACCCUGAGCCCUCAUGCCCUUGCAAGGUAAAUAGGAUGUGGUAAAAAUAAUAAUAAUAAUAAUAAAAAUCAGAUGGUUCGGCUGCAUUAAAGGUGACCCAACAUUAUACUGAACAGUGUUCUAGGUGAUACACAAAUAUCCAUCUUCCUAUAUGCAGAUAUUCUGCAGAUGGAUCACGUUUAUCGGGCUGUUCUUAUUCCUGCCUUGAUAUGCUAUAGCAAUAUUACAACUAGCUCCUGUGUAAAAGAACUUAUGUGACAUGCGAGAAACGUAUAAUUGCCUUUUGAUCAAGGUACUGGUUGGGGGGGAGGGGGGUGGCAAAUACUGUGUGGUAGCAAUAUUAACUUAUAUGUAUGUUUGAGGUUAUAAAAUAUACCUGCAUAUAGGAGCACAUUUGAUUAAUUUUGAUAUGGUAUUAAUAUGAUAAAACUGCUUAUUACUCAGGGCUAGCACCACCAUAGUCAUCCUAGUGCAAUCUUCUAGGUGGGACUGGUACUCUGGCACCAGAUGUGUGCAGGCUUGGCCCACAUUGCUGCAGUCUAUGCCCGACCACUCCACCAGGAGUCUUAUUCUGUCCCCCCAGUCACUUUCUGUAACACCAUUUAUGCCCCAAUUUCUAGCAGACACCUGUGAGUACUGUGGGAUAAGACCAUCAUUUUGACGACAGUAUUAUCAAAACAUUUAUUGAAAGACUCCUACAUCAGGAUAGUGUUAAAGUGAGCUGAAGACUAAUCUUCUGAUUAUUGAUGUCUGUGUUGUUUUUAUAAUUUAUUUGUAACAUAAUUUUACAUUAUACCUCCGUACACAGUACAAAGUAUUAAAAACAAAUCUGCAAAAGUAUAAAAUCAGAUGUGAAAUAAAAUAAUACUUUUUGUAUUCUCCAAAAAGAAGGAAACAAAAGUGAAAUAAAUGAUCUGUACUGUU